AGGAAAAGGACAGACGUGCAAUGAUGAAGAGCAAAAAGAGAAAAAGAAUAAUGGAAGAAAGAGAAAAUGAUGAUUGGAGUAGGAACAGCAACUUGCGCUGAAUAUUGACGAAGUAGUACUUCUCUUAUUUCUGAGCUCUUACCCAUUCGUUUCUUUAAGUUCGUCUACACCUGUGAGGUUUAGAGCGCUCACAAUUACACAGUCGUUUCUUCAAGUUCGUCUACACGUACGGAUGAGCUGUAGGAGCCGCGGUUUUGGAAGCUGAUAGCCCGUCUACGGCGUCUAGCACUAUUGCAAAGUGGAACUCACGAGCUUCGGUUUGGGAAGACAGUCCGCGCGUCGUCUAAACCUUAACUUACUCAGCUGAGUUUGGCAAAACCUUCACUUAGACGAGCUUCUUACCCAGUUGUUUCUUCAAGUUCGUCUACACCGGUGAGCUUUAGGAGCCGCGGUUUUGGAAGACGACAGCCCGUCUAGCACUAUUAAACAUGGAGAUAAAGGGUGGCUUGAGUGCAGGUGUUCUUCAAGUUCUUGACAAAGAUAAUUACGUGGCUUGGAGUGUUCAAGUAAAGACCUAUUUGAUGGCUCGUGAUCUCUGGGAUACAGUUGAAGCAACCACUGAACCUCCUAAGCAAGAAGAUGAUGAAGCGGCUUUCAAGGCUUGGAGUGAGAAGAAUUCCACGGCUUUACAUGUGCUCAAGGUUUCAUGUGGACAGCAUGCAUUGGCUAUGAUUAUGGAGAUUAAUUCUGCUAAAAUUGCAUGGAAUACUUUGGCAGUUGUUCUUCAAGUUCUUGAGAAAGAUAAUUAUGUGACUUGGACUGUUCGGGUUAAAACCUAUUUGAUGGCCCACGAUCUUUGGGACGUAAUUGAAGCAACCACGGAACCUCCAAGUCUUGAAGAUGAUGAGGCUGCUUUUAAGGCUUGGAGUAUGAAGAAUUCCACAGCCUUAAAUGUAAUCCAAAUUUCAUGCGGACCGGACACAUUUUCCAACAUUAUUCAGAUUAGUUCUGCAAAAAUCGCUUGGGAUACAUUGACAAAAAUGUUUCUUCGAGUUCUUGAAAAAAAUAAUUAUGAAGAUUGGAGUGUUCAAAUAAAAACCUAUUUGAUGGCCCAUGAUCUUUGGGAGAUAAUUGAAGCAACCACCGAACCUCCAAGGCAAGAAGAUGAUGAAGCCGCUUUUAAGGAUUGGAGGAAUAAGAAUUUCAUGGCCUUAAAUGUAAUCCAAUUUUCAUGUGGACCAGACACAAGUUCUGAGAUUAUUCAUAUUACUUUGGCGAAAAUCGCUUGGGAUACGUUGGCAAAAAAGUAUGCCGUGCCUACAGGCAGCGGCGAAAAUGAGGCCUUAAUAGAGGCUCUGAAAAGUGGUAAUUGGAACACUGCAGAGGAGUUCCUUAAACGCCAGCCCGAUGCUAGGAGUGCAAAAAUCACAUCUGUGGGUGAGACGGCUCUUUCCUUUGCUGUUGCAGCUGGGCAUGAGCAUAUAGUGGAGAAGUUAGUGGAUGUAAUGUCUGUAGAAGAAUUGGCAAUACCAGAUAUCUAUGGUAACACAGCUCUGGUUGUUGCACUUAAUGCUGGAAACUACAGGAUGGCAGCGUGCAUGCUUAGAAAGAACAACAACUUGGUCAGCAUUGAAGAUGAGGAUAAAAGAAUUCCAGUUAUUCAGGCUAUUGAAAAUGGGGAUAUAGAAUUGACUCGCUAUCUCUAUUCUCUGACUCCGCUGGAAGAUCUGACGAAAGAAAAUGGCGCCAAUGGCGCUACACUUUGUAUCCUUGCUAUAUAUAGCAGAAGUUUAGAUAUUGCUUUGGAUUUAAUUCAGAAGCGUCCACAAUUGGCUCUUGCUCUAGACAAAGAGGAUCGGUCCCCUUUAUACGCUUUGGCCGAAAGCCCUAACGCAUUCCUGAGUGGAGAUGGGCUCAUGUUUUGGAAACGAUGGAUCUACAAAUACUGCAUACACAUUCAACCAACUAGUGCCAUCGAGGAAAUUCGUUUGAGCAUUCAAAACAAUCAAAGUCCCCAAAGCAAUCAAGUAAAAACCACAAGAUCAGUGCUAGCUCUAUUGCACAAGCCAUUUUCAAAUCUCCUUAACUUCUUGGGAAUCCAGCAUUUAUAUGAAAUGAAGUUAGUUCAUGCACAGUCCCAUGAACUUCUCGAUCUCAUGUGCAAAGAAGUAUUAAAGUCAAAUGAAAACCAAUGGAAGAAAGGUGGCGUAUAUGAUGCCGUCACCCGUUCUGUCGAGAAAGGGAAUUUUCAAUAUUUUUUUGACAUAAUCAGAGCAAUUCCAAAUCUUAUAUGGACCAAUAUUGAUAAAGACAUAACAUCCUUAUUUUCACUUGCUGUCCUAUAUCGUCAGGCAAACAUUUUUAGCCUUAUAUACCCGCUUGGUGUGAAGAAAGCUAUGACAUGUUGGAUUAAUAAAAAAGGCAAUAGCAUAUUACAUAUGGCUGGGAUGACAGGAGCUUCGAUUGAACUUAAUCGAAUCCCAGGCGCAGCUUUACAGAUGCAAAGAGAACUACAAUGGUUUAAGGAAGUGGAGAGUAUGGUCCAACCCCAGAUUAAGGAAUCUUUCAACAUUGAUGAUUUCACUCCUAGGCAAUUGUUUACGAAGAACCACAAGGACUUGAUGAAAGAGGGAGAGAAAUGGAUGAAGGGCACAGCAACUUCUUGUACAGUGGUAGGCACUCUCAUUGUUACUAUUAUGUUUGCUGCAGCUUUUACUGUUCCAGGUGGUAACAAUCAAAAUACUGGCUUCCCUAUAUUCUUGGAUAAAAGAUUGUUCAUGCUCUUUAUAAUAUUCGAUGUCUUGUCGCUCUUUUCCUCCACAACUUCUGUCGUGAUGUUUUUGGGAAUCCUAACAUCACGCUAUGCAGAAGACGAUUUCCUUGAAUCCUUGCCAAGAAAGAUGAUCAUAGGACUUUCCACUCUUUUCUUUUCCAUUGCAGCCAUGAUGAUAGCCUUUUCUACUGCUCUUUUAAUUAUGCUACAGGAACAAUAUUCAUGGAUAAUCAUUCCUGUCAUUUGUUUCGCUAGUGUUCCUGUCGCCUUAUUUGUAUUGAUGCAAUUUCCCCUUCUUGUUGACAUGUUCAAGUCAACUUACGGACCAGGCAUCUUUGAUAAGAAAAUAAAGAAGUGGGUAUAACAUUAUUCAUUUUGCUGUAUAAUGUAAAUAUUUUCCACGAAGAAUUGGCAUACUAGCCAAAACUAAUAAUUUAUUUUUUCUUGAA